GUUUUAAAAUUAAUUGAUUGAUUAAUUUAGCUUAAAGUGUCAAAAGAUGACAUUUCUAAGUCAUUUAAGAACCUAUUCUUCGAGUUUUAUAUUGAGAACAAAACUUUUUCAAAGAUGUCACGUAAUGACAGCAGAGAGAAGUCUAACUUUUACGACACAACACCAAGAGUUGCGGAAAACUGUUCAAAAGAUUAUUGAAAAAGACAUUAACCCUUAUGUCGAUGAAUGGGAAGAAAAUGAGAUCUUUCCGGCGCAUGAGGUCUUCAAGAAGUUGGGCGAAGCCGGUCUUCUUGGGAUUACUAGACCUACGGAGUAUAAUGGUUUGGGUUUAGAUUAUUCCUAUAGUAUAGCCUUCUUUGAAGAGUUGGCUAAUAUUAAUUGCGGAGGAAUUGUUGCGGCUAUCGGUGUCCAAACAGAUAUGGCAACGCCUGCACUCACUAACUUUGGAAGCGAUCAAUUAAAACGAGAAUUCUUGGCGCCGACCAUUGCCGGGGAUAUGUGGAUUAUUAGGGGAUUAAUGGCCUGUGUUGGGGUCAGUGAACCGACGGGUGGCAGUGAUGUGGCCGCUCUUCUCACUACUGCUAAGCGUAAAGGCGAUGAUCUAAUAAUAAACGGAAAUAAGAUGUGGAUUACUAAUGGCACUCAAGCAGACUGGAUAUGUCUUUUGGCCAAUACUCGCGAAGGAGCUCCACAUAAAAAUAAAUCAUUGAUUUGUGUGCCAUUGAAGACACCGGGAGUUAAAAUUGAGAAAAAGAUACGGAAAAUGGGUUUACAUUCCUCAGACACGGCAUUGAUUUUCUUUGAUGACGUAAGAGUUCCCGUCAAGAAUAUAAUCGGAGAGGAAGGACAGGGAUUUACUUAUCAAAUGAUACAAUUUCAAGACGAACGACUGUGCUCUGCGGCCACCGCUGUGACCAAUUGUGAUCGUAUCAUAAAUGAAACCAUUGAGUACUGCAAACAACGCAAGACAUUUGGAUCGCCUCUCAUUGAUAAUCAGGUCAUUCAAUUCACUUUUGCUGAACUCAAGAGUGAAGUCGAGUUAUUGCGAUCUCUGAUUUACAGAGCGUCAGAUGGAUUUAUAAACGGAGAGAACGUGACAUUCUUGGCCUCCAUCGCUAAACUUAAAGCCGGACGACUUAGCCGUGAAGUCACUGAUAAAUGUCUACAAUAUUUUGGAGGAAUGGGUUAUACUAAAGAAAUGCUUAUCAGUCGUGCAUUUAGAGACUCCCGAGUUCUGUCAAUUGCUGGCGGAACCGAUGAAAUCAUGUUAGGAAUUAUCUCUAAAUUUAUGGAUAUUUUACCGAAGAAAAAGAAAUAAAUUAUUUUUUAUCAAAAAAAUUGAUUUUACAAAUUUAUAACUUUUUAAAUAAAAAUUGUUUUAUUA